CUGCUGAGCUGAGGACAGAUUUUCAGGUGCUUCUUUGCAAGAUUGUUGCCGGGGUUGCCAGUCAUAUUUGCCUUCUUCCUACCCGUUUCCUUCUCUGACUACCUGCUGCUGUUGUCCUGCCUGCCUGUGACCAACUGUAAGCCUGAUUCUAAUCUAGCAAACGUGCUUUUAAACCUUUAAGUGUUUGCAUUUGGGGUUUCGUUAUGUGAUGCCUGCUGCUGGAGAGAUGAAACUGCUGCCAAGCAUGUAAUUGCCAUUACUGCUGAGUUAUCGAGAGGAGAUACACUGAAGGAUCUGAUAUACAAUGGCCUCUGACCGGAUACCCAGGACUAAUGAAAAUGAAGAGGAAGACCCGCUUUGCAUCCCUUUCAGAGGGCCUCAGUUUCAGGCGAUGGACAGAUACGAGAUGCUGACCAUCUUAAAGGGAGAGGAAGAAGAGAAGAUGAAAGCUGACUUAAUCCAAUCCUUCACACUGCGCUCUGGUGAUGUUGAAGCUGCCUGGAACACCAAUACCAACGCCAACCCCAGUGCAGAGUGUCAGAGGUACGUGGAGCUGAGGGAACUAAUGAAGGACCAGAAGCAGCAGACGUACUGGCAGGAGACUGGCCGAUGGGGGGGCUACGAGGAGAGCUUUGACCCCCAGUCAGGGGUGUGGGGGUCCUCGCACAUCUCAUACCUCACCUUCAAGAGCCUCAUCCAGCUGCGCCGCACCAUGAACACGGGUGUGACGAUUUUUGACUGUGAAGAGCAAACCAUGGCCAGCAUCGCUGAGAAGAUGGUCAACGAGAUGGUUAACAAGAGGGAGAUCAGACCAGGAGACCGGGAGGGAGUGCUGAAAUCUCUGCUUCAAAACCGCAGCCAAUCAGCUGACCCGGAGAGCCAAGCCCUGACUGAUGGGACGGACCUGAAGAAGUUUUCAGUCAAGGAAAGGAGGGAUGAAUCUGACACUGUAGAGGCCUCCAUGGUACUAGUAGGAGCCUUGGACUUUCUGGAAAGGCCCACAGUUGUGUUUGUGCGUCUUAAGGAAUCGUUGGUCCUUGACUCUGCCCUGGAGGCCCCGAUGCCUGUACGCUUUCUCUUUGUCUUGGUGGGGCCCAGCAAGACUGACAUGGACUACCACGAGACUGGCCGUGCUAUGGCAGCUUUAAUGGCUGAUAAAGUGUUCAAUCAGGUAGCUUUCCAAGCAAAGAGUGCCCGUGAGCUGACAGAUGCGGUGUCCGACUUCAUGGACUGCAGCAUCGUCAUCCCACCCACAGAGAUCCAGAACGAAACAAUGCUCUCCUCAAUUAUCAGCUUUCAGAAGAAACUGCUGCAGGACAGAUUCCAGAGCCCUGAUUCCCCACUCAGCUCAGACUUCAAGCCCCGCAGGGUUUCCAUUUCUAGCGGGCCUCCACCUGAAGACCCCCUGUCCCGUACUGGCCAACUGUUUGGCGGGAUGAUUCGAGACAUAAAGAGACGCUACCAAUACUACAAAAGUGACAUCACAGAUGCUCUUAAUGCCCAGGUCCUUGCUGCUGUCAUCUUCAUCUACUUCGCCGCCCUCUCUCCCGCCAUUACCUUCGGAGGACUGCUGGCUGAUAAGGUGGACAACAUGAUGGGCGUUCCAGAGCUCCUCAUCUCCACCAGCAUUCAGGGGAUCAUCUUCUGCUUUGUUGCAGCUCAGCCUAUCCUGGUGAUAGGCUUCUCCGGUCCUCUGCUAGUGUUUGAGGAGGCCUUCUUUGCUUUCUGCAAGUCUCAGGGCAUUGAGUAUAUUGUUGGGAGAGUGUGGGUUGGGGUGUGGCUGGUCCUCAUUGUGGUCAUCAUCGUGGCCUUUGAGGGAAGCUUCCUGGUGCGUUUCAUCUCCCGCUUCACCCAGGAAAUCUUCUCCAUCCUCAUCUCCCUCAUCUUCAUCUAUGAAACCUUUGCAAAGCUAGGGAGGAUAUUUAAAGCCCAUCCACUGGUUCUGAAUUACGAUCAUCUGAAUUCAAGUCUAGAAAACCCCUGGCACCCAAGGGUUGAAGAGACCAUUAUGUAUGACAAUGCUACCGGGAACGUGACUGUUAUCGUCAGCACAGUUAAGCCACCUUAUCCCAACACAGCCCUGCUUUCCAUGUGCCUCAUGUUAGGCUGCUUCUUCAUUGCCUUCUUCCUGCGACAAUUCAAGAAUGGUACUUUUCUUCCAGGAAAGGUCAGACGUUUGAUUGGUGACUUUGGUGUGCCCAUUUCCAUUUUCCUCAUGAUUCUCGUGGACUACAACAUUCAGGAUACCUACACUCAGAAACUGGUGGUUCCCAAAGGUCUGAUGGUGUCCGACCCAUCCAAAAGAGGGUGGCUCAUCAAUCCCUUCGGAGAGCACAAGCCUUUUCCUGUGUGGGUGAUGUUUGCGUGUUGUGUCCCAGCCUUGCUUGUCUUCAUACUGAUCUUCCUGGAGUCUCAGAUCACAACCCUUAUUGUGAGUAAACCUGAGAGGAAGAUGGUCAAGGGUUCUGGGUUUCACUUUGACUUGCUGGUUUUAGUCGGCAUGGGAGGAAUCAGUGCAAUAUUCGGUGUGCCCUGGCUCAGUGCUGCCACGGUGCGAUCUGUCACCCACGCCAAUGCUCUCACAGUCAUGAGCAAAGGACCAAAACCUGUGAUUGAAAAGGUGAUGGAGCAGAGGAUCAGUGGCAUUCUGGUGGCAUUGCUGGUUGGUCUGUCAAUUCUGAUGGAACCGAUCCUAAAGAUGAUUCCCAUGUCAGCCUUGUUUGGGAUCUUCCUCUACAUGGGAGUUACCUCACUCAAUGGCAUCCAGCUGUGGGAUCGUAUGUUGCUUCUGCUCAUUCCUAAGAAAUACCACCCUGAUGAACCCUAUGCCACCAGAGUGAGCACAGGACGAAUGCACUUGUUCACAGCCAUCCAAAUAGUGUGCCUUGCAGUUCUGUGGCUUAUUAAGUCCAGUCCAAUAUCCCUCGCACUUCCCUUCGUGCUCAUCCUCACCAUCCCUCUGCGUAUGUUUAUGACUGGGCGUCUCUUCACCGAAAUGGAAAUGAAAUGUUUGGAUGCUGAUGAUGCCAAAGUGACUUUUGAAGAGGAGCCCGGGCAGGAUGUAUACUAUGAAUCUCAGAUGCCACUGUAGAAGUCUUCCGUGACAGCUGACAACAACAUUUUAUUUUGACAAAAAUAUAUUUAUUUUAUGUGUGACUCAAAUGAAUGUUUCAACUACCUACAUGUUCUGACUGUUUCUUUUUUCAUGAAAAUUGCAGAUAUAGACAUUUUUAAUGAAAAAUUUUCUUCUUCUUUCUUUUCAACAAUUACUCAGGUGAAUUCUUCACAUCAUGUUGUUUUAUUUCAAAUAACUUGUGCUUUACACAUCACUGAAGCUGGAAAUAUUCAUGUAAGUUAUUGGCAAGUUUGUUUUUUUUACCUAAUAAAAAGGCAUUUUUAGGCCAUGAAAUCAAAGUGAAAUGAAAAAAAUUAACAGUGAAUGGUGAGAGGAAAAUAUUGUAGUGUUAAAAGCCAUUGAUAAAAGACAUUGAAUGUAAUGUUGUUACAGUUAUUAUUGAAUCCACUUGACUUUAAUGUGAGAACAAUGCACACUCUGGGUUAAAUAAUUCAUAAUGUGUAAGGCAAUGAUGCAAACAAAGUUAUAUUUAGAUAUUAGAUAUCUUGGUAAGAAUUGUAUAUUUUAGCAAGAAUGAUCAACCUGGUAACACUGAAGGGCAAAAAGACAACACCACAAUGUAGGGAUAGAGAAAAUGUUGAAUUUAUUGUGUGUUGUUAAAAUGUAUACUUUGUGUUGUUUAGCUGUCUUAUUGCCAUCUCUCUACAAAUAAAAACUACCUCCCAAAA